AAAAUUGGCAAGUCUUCCACAUCAUGAAUUGUGUUUUGUUAAGACGAUUCCAACCAUAAGUCGGGAUCGUCUGAACUCUAAGACCAUCCGUCCCAACUGGCCUACUAGCAAGGGACGAUGCUAUUUGGGCAUAACCUUCUUACAAGAGGUAACUUGAACUUGAUGGAUUGAAUUUGAUCUAUUUUGUGUCUUUGACAUUAUUUUUUUUUGUGCAGGUGAAGAUUGAACAAUUUGAACUUGAAGUAACUUGGAUGUAACUGGGCCCUGCCCUCUCCUAAGAUCCAAAGGACCCAGAAACCAAGAGACAAAGUGUCGUCAAAAAACCUGGCACCAUGAACCACGACCAUGAUUUUCACCAUGAUGUUGGUGCCCACCAUCAUGACAUUCACCACGAUAUUCACCACCAUGGCAUAGGACACGAUCACCACGGCAUUCACCAUGAUUUUCACCACCAUGGCAUAGGAAACCAUCACCACGACAUUCAUCACCACGAUAUUCACCACCAUGGCAUAGGAAACCAUCACCACGACAUUCAUCACCACCCUCAUGUUUCGUCAGGCGCCACCGUGGGUGUCCAUAGGGUGGGCAGGCCAGCUGGUGGUGCAAUGGUCGUGGCGGUCUGCUUUGGAAUGUUUGGCGUUUUCUUCCUGAUCGGCGGAGUCAUGAUGGUGGCGUUCGGUUUCAACUUCUUCUCUGGUGUUGGGAUUGUUGGAGCCAUCAUGCUUUCAGUGGGCGUGGCCAUGUUGAUUGUUUGUAUUGUGUGUUGCUGUAAGGGCUGCCUGCAGCAACAGCAGCAGCAGCAGCAAGCAUUUGUGCUCCAGCCGGCCGGUGUCAUGCAACCCCCUCCCCCUGGGGCACCACCCACCAUUCAACCACAAGGUCCAGGGGCAACUAUCAUGUAUGGACCAGGGGGACAAGUGGCCUAUCAACCCCAGAUCCAGCCCGGCAUCCAACCACCACCUCAACAAUAUCCAGCAGCAAUGCCCUAUCCUCAACAGGUUCCUGAUGUUCCAACUGCGCCUCCUCCAGCCUAUGAGGAUAUAGUCAAACCAGCAGGCGGACCUGAGGAACAUGAGCAGAUGGUAUAACCUGGGAAUAAUAAAAAAAACACGCCUCAAUCUCUCUGAUAUGAGUCAGAGAUACUGACCAAUGCAUUUUUUACAUAAUGAACUCUGACAGCGACAAGGAAGGAACAUGUUUACAUUACCUCGUGAAGUUAGGUAUCCCAUCUACUUGAGUCGAAGUUCAGUGACGUAGUGUGAACGGCAGACAUUUUAUGCUUACUCAAUUGUAAGGAUUUCUUGUGUAGGAUGUUGCAAAAACCCAAAUCUAUGCUGUGAACAUAGGCACAUCAGUUUUUCUCGAAUGUCUUUCCUCUAAAGCACAAGCUACAUUUGCAGUUAUAGUAGCUAGGUACUGCAGUCAUGAUUUAUGUGAAACUCUGCGAAACCGGGUGAUGGAUUUGUUAGAAUGGUAAGCAAAAGUUGUAGAAAAUCCAUUGGUCACUCAUUCUCGAGUAAUGUUGACACCAAAAUAUUUCAUUUGUUGUAAAGGCAUGAAUUAGGAUCAAAAUUAUGAUACGUUUUAUUUGGUGAACUUUUAGCCAGCAUUUGAAAUUUGUCAAAGUUUUUGAAAGUUUAAAAACACAGUCACGCUCCUAAAGCUACUAAACACCUUAAUUUGUCUCCUUACUGUCACAAGGGAAAACACAAUUCAAAACAAUUACAGAAUCACUAUUAAAUACAUUGAUAGAGUUCCAAUGUGCAAAUCCUACAACCAGUUAAACACAAACGGACAUGCACUACAAUAAUUUAUUGCCCAAAAUAUAUCAAAUCAUAAUACGUACCUAAUUAAUAUUUCUUCGAUGAGUAUUAUUUUCUGGUCUACUGCCAUAGUUACAAUUUUUUCAGGA